AUGAUCAGCAAAACCCUCACCAUCAGUAAAUGCCACGGAAGUAGUAAUUCAUGUUACCAUGCUAUGCAACAACUAAGCUCAAAGGAAGUUCCAAAUGUUUCGAAUGUUUCAAAUAACAAAAUAAAUUUACCGAAAACGGAAGUGGAUGUGAAGAUUCAAAUAGUUCACCGUACAAUUGAAAAUAAAGAGAAAUCACCAACAAAAAAUAUACCGUCGCAAGAAGAAGUAGCAAUAUUAUUUUUACAAGAAUUAUUACAAGAUUUCGAGAAUAUUUUAACGAUCACGGAAGAUUUUAAAGGAUUCGAUAAGUAUGCGACGGAUUGGAUGAGAAAUUACAUUGAAGAGAAUAUGAAAAGGACCAAAGUGGAAUAUAUAUUCGAAGUUUUACUAAAAUUUUAUCAAGAUAAUCACCUUGAAUAUUUCUCUUCUCUUUUGGGAUUUUUUUAUCAAUAUGGAAUUGGACAUAAGAUUAAUAAAAAGAAGGCAUUAGAAAUGUAUAAAAUCACAACGAUGCAAGAUAAUUUGGGCAAAAAUAUUUACAAUCAUUUACAAAACAUAAACAAAUCGGUCGGAGAAUAUUUAUUAGCAUUAUAUUAUUACAAGGAUAUUAUCGUGGAUAAACAAAAAUCUUUAAAGUGGAGUUACAAACCGGCGAAGGAAGGGAAUACCGCAUCCCAAUAUGAAAUAGGUUAUUGUUAUGAGUAUGGGAUAGGAACGAUACAGAGCGAUAAGAAGGCUUUUGAUUGGUAUAUGAAAUCGGCUAUGGGAGACAAUCCCAAAGGACAAUGUUCGUUAGCUUGGUGUUAUCAACAAGGAAUCGGAGUUGAAAAGGAUGACGAGAAAUCCUUUGAGUGGUAUUUAAAAUCCGCUAAGGGAGGGAACAUAAACGGACAGUGUAAUUUGGCUUAUUACUAUGAAAAUGGGAUUGGAACCGAAAAGGAUGAAGGUAAAGCGUUUGAAUGGUACGAGAAAAGUGCGCAAGGUGGAAAUACGUUUGGACAAAACAGUUUGGGUUAUUUUUACGAGAUGGGUGUGGGAACUUCAAAGAAUCCGGUCAAGGCUAUUGAAUGGUAUACCAAAUCUGCAAAGAGAGGACAUCAUAUUGGUCAAUUCAAUUUGGGUAGAUGUUAUCAUGAUGGAAUUGGUGUAGAAAAAGACACCAAGAAAGCUUUUGAAUGGUUGUUGAAAUCCGCAAAAUCCGGAAAUUCGCAAGGUCAAUAUCACCUUGAAAGAUAUUUUAAUAUUAAAGUGAAAUCAGACUAA